AUGUUUAAGUUGUGUGGACUUCAAUUUCUGCUUGUCAUUCAUUUGGCUAUGUGCCAGAAUUUGGAGCACCUGCACGUAACUGGGCCUCUGAAAGACAUGAAUUUCUCUAUUCCAGAAGAAGGGGGAGUGCGCUUCAUUUACCAGUUCACAUCCAAGCUACCCGCCGUGACUUUCAGAGCAACUGGUGAAAAAGAUGGAAUAAUUGACAUUGUGCCGAGGACAGGAGUCCUGUAUCUCAAUGGGUCUCUGGACUGGGAGAACAAAACUGUGCACAGGCUGCAGGUGGAAAGUCUGGAUGAAAAGGGAAACAAAGUGGAAGGUCCAUACACCGUUACAAUAUUUGUGGAGGAUAUCAAUGACAACCCACCAGAAUUUGAGCAGGCAAAGUAUACUGGAGUAGUGAGACAGAACUCCCGUCCGGGCAAGCCCUUCAUGUAUGUCCAUGCCACUGACCGUGAUGAUCCUACAACUCCCCAUGGACAGCUGACGUACAGCAUUCUCCAUCAUUUUCCCAACCCUUAUGAAGAAAUGCUUUUCCAGAUUGAUAGUGUAACUGGAGCAAUCUCACCGAGUAAGGCUGGCUCUUAUUACUUAGAUCCUCAAAAGCAGGAUAGCUUCACACUCGUUGUCACUGCUAGGGACAUGGCAGGGCUGACAAUGAAUGCCUUCACCAGCAGCACUGAUGUGAUCAUCACUGUGAAGGAGAGCCUGUGGAAAGCUCCUUCCACCAUCCACAUCCAAGAAAACUCAACCCAGGUCCACCCUGUCAACAUCAGCCAGGUGUACUCGAAUGAGCCAGAUGUAAUUUAUGACAUUUUUGAAAAAGAAAAGCUGCCCAGGCUCCCAUUUUCCAUUGAUCAGAAUGGUGUUAUUUAUGUGACUGAACCACUGGACAGAGAAGAAAAGGAGAGUUAUACUUUUUUUUUGGUCACAAAAGAUCAUGAGGGAGAACUGGUGGAUAAGCCUCUACAGGUUCAUAUUAUUGUGGAAGACAUUAAUGACAAUCCCCCUGUGUGCCAGCAAGCCCUCACUGUACUGGAAGUUCAAGAAAAUGAAGGUGGAGGAAGCAAUAUUGGCACCCUGUUUGCUACAGACAUGGAUAAGGAGGACACCCUUAACUCUCGCCUGCAGUUCAAAAUUGAAAGUCAGGUUCCUGCUGUUCCUGAAAGUAAUCUGUUCUAUAUUCAGCAAGACACUGGGAUUUUGCAGUUAACUACCCAUUCACUAAACAGGCGCAUUGCAUCCAACUAUUCGUUGAAGGUGGUGGUGACAGAUUCAGUAUUCCAAACAAUCUGUGAUGUCCAAAUACAUGUAAUUGACAUCAAUGAUCAGAUUCCCAUCUUUGAAAAAUCAGAUUAUCACAAUAUGACUGUUGCAGAAAGUCUUCCAGUAGGAACAGUGAUAUUAGAAAUUCAAGCUACGGAUGGAGACGAGCCUGGUACAGGGAGCUCCUACAUUCUUUACCAAAUGAAGGAAGGAGAUCCAAACAACACGUUCAUUAUAGACACAGAUUCUGAGACAAAUCGAGGGUUUGUCAAGAUUAAUAAGCCUCUUGAUUUUGAAGCAACUCCAGUGUACAACCUGGUGAUCAAUGCCACAAACCCCGAACCGCUGGUGUCAGGCGUGCAGUACAACUCAAGCUCUCUUACCUUGUUUAAAGUUUUCGUAACAAAUGUGGACGAGCCACCUGUUUUCCACAAGCCAGCUUACAGAACAGAAUUGUAUGAAGAUGUUCCUGUCAACACCCUGGUCGUGACGGUGGAGGCCUAUGACCCUGAGGGGGAUUCUGUACG